AUGAAGUCAAUAUUAAUCACUGGAUGUAAUCGAGGCCUUGGUUUGGGUCUUAUUAAAAGUUUAAUAAAACAUGAGAAAUCACCGAAAUUUAUUUUUGCGACAUGCAGGAAUUUAAAUGCCGCUAAUGAGUUGAAAGGUUUGGCAGAGAUCAAUGACAAACUUCAUAUCUUAGAGAUUGAUUUGAAGGAUUACGAUAAGUAUCCUGAACUUGUUAAACAAGUCCAAGAAGUAGUAAAAGACGAAGGGCUCAAUGUGCUCUUUAAUAGUGCUGGAAUUAGUCCACGUUCAUCAUUCAUGGGAAUUAGAGGAUUAAAAGCCAGCGAACUGAUGGAUACUUAUGCAGUCAACUGUGUAGCUCCAUUGAUGUUGUCCAAAGCAUUUAUUCCUUUAUUGAAGAUGGCAUCAGAAAAUAAUCAAUCAUUGCCUUUAGGUGCUAGUCGUGCUUUAAUUAUGAACAUGAGUUCCAUUCUUGGAUCAAUCAAAUUAAAUACUGACGGAUCACUUUAUCACUAUCGAGUUACUAAAUCAGGCGUAAAUGCAGCUACCAAGUCGUUGAGCAUUGAUUUGAAGAACGAAAAGAUUAUGGCAACAGCUAUUCAUCCAGGAUGGGUAAAGACUGACAUGGGAGGUCCAAAAGCACCGAUGGAAGUGGAAGAAAGUUGUGAUAAAAUGGUUGAGACAUUAUUCAACCUGAAUCCAACACACAACGGAGCAUUUAUUCAAUACGAUGGUAAGUCACUGCCAUGGUAA